AUGAGAGGUUUGAAUCUCAGCGGGGGGGUUUUGGUGAUUCUGCUGAUUUGGACCUUGGCGGUCGCCGUCGAUGGAGCCGGUGUCGCGAGAGCAGAGCGAGGAGGAGCUGGAAGAAGAAGAGGAGGCGGCGGUGGAGGUGCAGAGAAGAGAAGGAAGUUUCAUCGCAUCCAACACGGCCAGUGCAGCUACACCUUCAUCCUGCCGGAGCCGGACGGUUGCCCGGGUGGAGGAACGCCGUCGCAGACCGAACACUACGGCGUCUCCGGUGGCAGAGCGAGCGUCGUGCAGAGAGACUCGCCGCCGAUCGACGGCGAAUGGUCGGCUCGCAAACUGCAGCUCCUAGAGAGCACGAUGGAGAACAACACGCUGUGGCUGCAGAAGCUGGAGAACGUCAUUCAGAAGAGCAGGAAGCCGGCCCUGGCUAACAUACCGCCACACGCCGUUCAUAACCAAACGGCCGCCAUGCUGGAGAUCGGGACCAACCUGCUGACGCACACCGCCGAGCAGACCCGUAAACUCAACGUGGUGGAGGCCAAGGUCCUGAACCAAACCUCCAGAAUGGAGAUCCAGCUUCUGGAGAACUAUCUGUCCACCAACAAGCUGGAGAAGGAGCUGCUGCUGCAGACCUCCGAGCUCAGCCGGCUACGAGACAAGAACAGCCGUCUGGAGAGCAAAGUUCAGAAGUUGGAGUCUCAGCAGAAAGGAGAGCUGGAGGACAUGAAGGAGGAGAAGGACCGGCUGCAGUCCGUCGUCAGCACUCAGAUGGCAGCAAUCGAGUCUUUAGAGAAACAGCUGAGAGUCGCCAGCAGCAACAACACGGCUCUACAGAGACAACAAGCUCAGCUGAUGGAGUCUGUACACACUCUCAUCAACAUGGUGGCUAGUACUACAGGGUCUCCUCUCAGGGACCAGAUGUGGAGGGACUGUGCAGAUGUCUACAAGGCGGGUCACUCCAUCAGCGGUCUGUAUAACAUCUACCUCAGCAACAGGACUACACCUGUGCAGGUGUUCUGUGACAUGGAGACGAGCGGUGGAGGCUGGACGGUGUUCCAACGCAGGAUCAACGGCAGCGUGGACUUCCAGAGGAGCUGGAGAGAAUACAAGAUGGGCUUCGGCGAUGUGUUCGGGGAACACUGGCUGGGGAACGAGGUGAUGCACCUUCUGACCAGUGGGGGGCAGUACUCUCUGAGGGUGGAGCUGAGGGACUGGGAGGGAAACCCCGCCCACUCCCAGUACGACCGCUUCACCCUGACCAGUGAGACACAGCAGUACAGGUUGUACCUCAGAGGUUACAGUGGAACAGCAGGCAGGCAGAGCAGCCUGGCAACACACGGGACCGGAUUCAGCACCAGAGACCAGGACCACGACAACUGUGACCACUGCAAAUGUGCUCUGAUGCUCACUGGAGGUUGGUGGUUUGACGCUUGUGGUUUCUCCAACCUGAACGGUAUUUACUACUCCGUCGGCCACAACAUCAGGAAGCUCAACGGCAUCAAGUGGCACCACUUCAGAGGCCCCAGCUACUCCCUACGCUCCACCUCCAUGAUGGUACGACCCUAUGACUUCUAA